AGCAGGGAUGAUGCUGUGGAAAGAGAUGCCCAUGGAAAUGGGGAACGGGACCACUGUCCAAGAAUUCACCUUGGAGGGGUUUCCUGCCAUCCAACACCUGGGAAAGGUCCUCUUCCUGGUGCACCUGCUGGCCUACCUGGCAUCCAUUACAGGCAAUGCUGUCAUAGUCACCAUCACCUGUGCUGACUCCCGGCUCCAGACACCUAUGUACUUUUUCCUCAGCAUUUUCUCCUUCUUUGAGUGUUGUUUCAUAAGUGCUGUUAUUCCUAAGUUGCUGGUCAUCUUUCUUUUAGGCCGGCAAACCAUUUCCUUUCUUGCCUGUUUCAUACAAGCCUUUGUGUUUGUCUAUCUGGGAGCAGCAGGUUUCCUCCUCAUAGCAGUGAUGUCUGUGGAUCGGUACAUGGCCAUUUGCAAGCCUCUGCAUUACCCAACCAUCAUGAACCUCAAGACUUGCUUCCUCUUGGUCACUGCCUGCUUCACUUUGGCCUUCACUCUCAUCACUAGUCCGGUAGUAAAGGUUUCCCAGUUAUCCUUCUGUGGCCCCCAUGUCAUUCCCCACUUCUUCUGUGACCUUGGUGCCCUGAUUCAUCUCUCCUGUUCUGACACAAGGUCUGUUGAAAUGUUGGUCUUUGUCCUUGCUUUGUUGAUCCUUUUGACAUCCCUUAUCAUAACUGUCAUUGCAUACAGCAACAUAGUAGUCACAAUUGUGCGACUCCCAUCAGCCAAGGAGCGACAGAAAGCUUUUUCCACCUGCUCGUCUCACCUCAUUGUCCUCUCCAUGAUAUACGGCAGCUGUGUCUUUAUAUACGUGAAACCAAAGCAAACGAACAAGCUGGACUCCAACAGGGAGGCUGCCCUUGUGAACACAGUGGUGACCCCGCUGUUGAAUCCUGUCAUCUACACUCUGCGGAACAAGCAGGUCCACCAGGCUCUGAGGGAGACAAUGUGCAGAAUGAAAAUAUCAAGAUAA